AUGGCCGGCCAAGUCGACAACCUUUCAAACGACAGACCGGCGCCUGGCAGCCAAGAUGGAGACGGAAGCAGGGAGAAGAGAGGCAGCACCGAUCAGGGCGAGGGGAGCAUCACGACCGCCGACGAGGCCACGGCCGCCAAGACAACACCAACCCGCAGCAAGGCCCAGACCUCGAUCCUCAUGCUGGCGCUCUGCAUGGCCGUCUUCCUCGCCGCGCUCGACGCCGUGAUCAUCACGACCGCCCUCCCGACCAUCUCCCGCGAGAUCGGCGCCUCGGACUCGGGCUUCGCGUGGAUCGGCGCGGCGUACCUCCUCGCCAACGCCGCCUCGGUGCCGUUCUGGGGCAAGGUCAGCGACAUAUUCGGACGCAAGCCGAUCCUCGUCAUCGCGAACGUCGUGUUCAUGGUCGGGAGCCUGGUGGGCGCGCUGGCGGGGACGCUGACGAUGCUCGUCGCCGGACGGGCCGUGCAGGGCCUGGGCGCCGGCGGUCUGCAGGCGCUGGUGAACAUCACGAUCGGCGACCUCUUCAGCCCCAGGGAGCGCGGCGCGUAUUUCGGCAUGAUCGGGGCCGUGUGGGGGCUGGCGUCGGGGAUUGGGCCGCUGGUCGGGGGCGGGUUGACGGAGAACAUAUCCUGGCGGUGGUGUUUCUGGAUUAACCUUCCCAUCUCGGGGGUGUCGCUGCUCAUUCUGAUCUUCUUCCUCAAGAUUCACACGCCCAAGACGCCGCUGGUGAAGGGCCUCAUGGCCAUCGACUGGCUCGGUUCCGUCACCUUCACGGGAGCGACGCUGAUGCUCCUUCUCGGUUUGCAGUUCGGUGGGCUGAGGAACCCCUGGGGCAGCCCGACGGUCGUCUGCUUGAUCGUAUUCGGGUGCGUGGGCUUCGGCGUGUUCGCGCUCGUCGAGAAGUUCCUGGCAAAGUACCCCCUCAUGCCGCGGUCUCUCUUCCGCGAGGUCUCGGUGGUGUUCUGCUACGUGGCCUGCUUCUGCCACGGCCUCGGCUUCGCGGCCAUCGCCUUCUUCCUCCCGCUGUACUUCCAGACGGUCCUCGGCGCGGGGCCGAUCCAGUCCGGCGUGUGGCUCCUCGCGACGGCGCUGCCGCUGGCGUUCUGCACCAUCGCGGUCGGCGUGACGAUCAAGAAGACGGGACGGUACAACGAGAUCAUCCGGGCGGCGAUGGCGCUGACGGUGUUGUCAUUCGGCUUGUUCAUCACGCUGCCGGCGCGGAGGGACUGGCCGAAACUCAUCCUCUUUCAGAUCCUCGCCGCGCUGGGCAUAUCGCCGAACCUGCAGGCCCUGCUCAUCGCGUUGCAGGCGCUGGUGAGGCAGCAGGACCUGGCGGUGGGGACGGCGACGUUCGCGUUUGUCAGGCACAUUGCGCUCGGGAUCGGGGUGGUGGUCGGACAGGUCAUCUUCCAGAGCGUCAUGGGGCGGCACGCGGCGGCUCUGGUUGAGGCGGGGAUUCCGGAGGACGUCGCGGCGAAGUUGGGCGCCGGAUCGACGAUUGCCGCGCACGGGUUGAUCGAUGGUCUUUCACGGGUGCAGCAAGAUCUCGUGAGGGCGGCGGUCACGGACAGCAUCAGCAAGCUGUGGAUAUUCUUUUGCGUGGCGUCUGGGGUCGGAUUUCUCUCGACGUUUUUCAUUAGACAGAUUGAGCUGCGGCAAACUCACACCGAGACGAAGACGGGGUUGGAGGUUGAGGAGGCCAAGGUUGUCGAGGGCGGGCGUGAAAAGAAGCGGGAUGAGGAGGAAGGUUAG